AUGGACGAGGUGGCCCAAGUGGUCCGUGGUUCGAACCCGACCUCUGCCCCUCGACUUCCUUUGUCUAGGCUUGAGCAACCUGGCAGUAUCCCAGCCCUCGUGCUUUCUUCGGGUGCCAUGGCAGCUAGGGUGCUACAGCUGAACGUCUCUCUCUCUCUCUACGAGCCGCGAGUGGAGAUACCAAGCCAUACAUUAGCUAGAGGAGGUCCGUGGUUCGAACCCGACCUCUGCCACUCGACUUCCCGUCUAGGCUUGGGCAACCGAACAGUAUCCCAGCCCUCAUGCAACCUUCGGGUAGCAUGGCAUUUAGGCACCGAAAGGGUGCUACAGCCGAACGAUUUUUUUCAUCACGUAUGCCAGUGUAGUCAAAGAAUGCGAGCGUUCAAGCUCAGCAACAUGACCGACAAGCAAACCAAGUGUCUCGUCUUCUUGACUGGUUUUCAAUCGCCACAUGAUGCAGAUAUACGGAUCCAACUAUUGAAUCAAAUUAAACGGGAUUCAAAGUUGACGAUUCUGAAACUUACUACCAAAUCCCAGAAUCUCAUCAAUUCCAAGGCUGAUACUGUAAUGAUUGAACAUCACCAGACCUCUCGGCUCAACAAGGUGUGCAAAGUAAUUUCCAAAAGUCAAACGGACCCGAGAGAAAUCCGCCACACCCUGUUGGUUCAAUGA